AUCCUCGUGCCAAACUAUGAAUGGAACCGAAGGAGAAAUGGAUAAGAGUCAUAAUAGAGAUCAUAGUGAACAGGGAAAAGGAAGCCAAAAAGAUGGAGCAAGCGAGCAAGAAGCAUUUCAUCCUUGUUCAUGGGAUGGGUCAUGGUGCAUGGUGCUGGUACAAGCUUGCCCCCUUGCUAAGGUCGGCUGGCCAAAGAGUUACCGCACUUGACCUGGCUGCUAGCGGCAGAAACCCCGAGCCCCUCAACGAACUCCGGUCGUUCUCCGACUACUCUGCACCAUUGAUGGAGGCAAUGGCCUCGAUUCCAUCCGGCGAGAGGGUGGUCCUCGUCGGACACAGCCAUGGUGGGUACAGCAUCGCCCUCGCGGCCGAAAAGUUCCCAGAGAAGAUCUCUGUUGCUGUUUUCGUCACCGCAAUCAUGCCAAGCACCACCACUCCCCUCUCCACCAUCACGCAGGAGUACAACAUAAGGCAUCCACCUGAGUACUUCCUGGAUACCAAAUUUGUGAUCGGCCAAGACCAUGACAUCAGUUGGACCACAAUCACCUUCGGUCCCAAUUACAUGAAGGAAAGGUUGUAUCGUCUCUCUGCACCUGAGGACUUGACGCUGGCUACUACAUUGGUGAGGCCAGGGAGAUAUUUUCAAAACGAGGAUCCCGUUGUGGUCUCAAAGAAAAACUAUGGCUCAGUGAGCCGAGCGUUCGUCGUGUGCAACGGGGACCUAGCCAUUAAAGAGGACUUCCAGCGUUGGAUGAUCGAGCUAAGCCCGGAGGUGGAGGUGAAGGAGAUCGAGAAGUCUGGUCAUAUGGUCAUGCUUUCAAAGCCAAAAGAGCUUUGCUGUCUCCUGCUUGAGAUCGCUGGGAAGUAUCAAUGAGACCGCGGGCGGAAGUUUCUGAUUUGCUUGAACUAGCGGAUGCUCUGAUGCAAGAGGAUUAUAAUAUUUGUGGUUUGUAUUGUUUUCAAUAAAUUGUCCCAAAUAUUUAUUAAUAUUUGGGGCAAAAGCCUUUUCCCCACUUGUACCUCAAAUGAUGACGACGACGACGAUGAUGAUGAUGAUGAUAAUAAUAAAAUUGUCAUGCCUUUUUUU